AUUAAUCAAAGAGAUAGUGACGUUGCAUUAAGGAGGUUCAUCUGGUACGUAGUACGUCAAGCGAGAAACACGUUCAACUUUGACUUGACUAGCGCAGUAUGCUGACUAGAUUUGGCAACGUCGCGUACACAUGAGAACGCACACUCACACGCGUAUACAUAAAGCUUUUAUUUAUAUUUAUAAAUGCAAUAGUUGUCGCAUAAUAUUAUAAAACAAUGAGUGAAAAUCUGAAAAAGAAAUUUUUCUGGAAAGGAAAACGUGUGACCGAAAAAGUAUACAAUUCAAGAAUACGGUUACAAAACGUCGGUAAAAAUUUGAGAAAUAUUUAUGGCUGUCGAAAUAAGGUAUCUGAUAACCUCAAAGAAUGUGAAACUGGCGAAAGCGAAUUCGGCCAACUUGAGGGAAGGCGUAUCGUAGAUUUGAAAACCCUCGCAAAAGAAUUGUUUUGCAAAAAAUGUGAUGCGAUGGUUUCUCUGCUCGAUACUGUGGAAGAAACACGAGUCGGGUUGGCUUCGAUGUUUUCUGUCAAAUGUCGGAGUUGCAUGACAAUCAUACGAGUUGCUACAGAUAAAAAGCAUGCGACAUCAAAAGAAAAUAAGCAGGGUAGGCAGAUUGCCCACUACGAUGUCAAUACCAGAGGAGCAAUGGGGACUUUGAACGCAGGCAUAGGUAAUACACAUCUGAAUAAAUUAUUGGCUUCUUUAAACAUUCCUUUAUAUCAUCCGAAUACUUACAAAACACAUGAGAAAGAAGUAGGUUGUGUUGUUGAGAAGAUGGCUCAGGACAGCUGCAUAAGAGCAACUGUUAUGGAAAGAGAACUUACAAUUAAAAAUAUCGAUAAGAUUAAAGAACUAUUGUAAGCAAUUUAUUGUGAUGCAGUACAUUUUCAUUUUUUUCUUCGAUAUAACUAUAUACAUUUUUAGUUUUUUUCAUUUCAAGAUCAAUUUUUAUACACUUAAUUUUUAUUCUUUUUAUUUAAUCACUAUAUUUAUAUUUGGCCUGUUACAUGUACAAAAUGUACAUGUAAGUUGUGUGCACUAUGAGAUCAAUUUAUAUACUCACAAACUAUUUUCUAUUAACUUUUAACGUUUAUACAUGUUUAUAUAUAUA